GAGGGGUAUAGUAAGCAGAAGAGGACGUAGAACGAGCUAUUAUUCCGCAGUGCAAACGGUAUAUAGAGAGCAGCAACAGCUUAACAAGUUCUAAUGCUAUUGCAGACCAAUGUUCGAAAAGAGUCUGUUUCUUUCCCCGUCCUGGACGGAGAUGUGGAUUCCCGAUCGGAGGCAGAGUCAGACGCUGAGCAACAGGAUGUCGUGGCCAUUUCCUUUCGGCCUGGGAAAGGAGAAGAGGGCUAUGACUAUGAUUCUGAAGAAGCAGGAGGAGGAGUAGAAGAAGAAGAAGAGGGAGGCGACGAUGGCACCGUUGAUGGGGCCAAUUCCAGAGCAGCAGACAUGGAAAGCAUUUUGACCAAGCUGUUCGAUAAAGACCACACGAAUUUGAGCCUUAUAUUGGACAAGGCCGAUUGCUUUGAAGACAAAGAAACCAACAAAAGAGUUAUGGAGCAUUUGCAGAGGUUGAAAAACUUGAGUAACGAGUUAUAUCAGAAAACAUACGACGUCGACCAGCGCACAUACUUGUGUUACAUGACCACAACUACCAAGGAUUUAAGCGAAAUUGACGGAGUGAUUCUCCGUCAUUAUUACUUGGAGAAAUUUGUCUGGAAGUCAGACCUUUUGUCGUCACUUAGGAUCCUAUGCUCGAGGCUCUUUUUCAAGGGCGAGUCCCAAAAUAUUGACAUUAUGAUACAUUCGUUUGCCAACAAUUGGUUCAGCAGAUUCAACCAACCCUCUUUUAUUUAUGGAAAUAUCAUUGGCGUGUAUUUGGUCACUUACGCUCUAAUCUUGCUCAACACCGAUCUGCACAACGAUCAGAUUAUUGCCAGCUUGAGAAGUAGCUCCCAACAGUCGCUGGCUGUAUCAGGUAUGAAGAUCACCCGCAAGAAAUCAGGGUCUCUUUUUGAUAUUUUCAGUCAUGACACUUCAUCCAGCAUUGCUGAAAACGAAUCUGAGGGAAGCAAAUGCGUGAUCACCUGCAUAACAAAGAACCAGUUUGUCAUGAACACCAUAGCUGCCUUGAAUGAUAAUUUUGUUGUCGUCAACCCGUUAAUCAUGAGAAAGCAAUUGCGGUUGUAUUAUUCUAAUGUGAAAUCUCAUGAAAUACUCCUUCCUAAAUUUGAUGUUGAUACUGAGCUUGGACAGACAAGCACAACUGUAAAUGGGAAGAGGAUGGAACCAGGAGCUGGAGCGGACACCCACAGAUUGAACCCCGAAGACUCGACAGCAAAUGAUGUCUUGAUUGUAGGCGAAGACCCAAACGACGAGGUUACCGAACUGAGAACCUUGCCAUCAUUGAAGCCUGCUAGCUCAUUACCUUCUGUUGCAUCAACGAGGACAAGUUUCGAAGUUGUCUCAGGUACAAUCAAAGAGACAGCAGGUUCUUUUGGGUUUUUGAAAGAAACCGAGAAGCACGAGACGUCUGCGGGGCUCGACACUACUAAUAUCACAGAUUCCCCCAUUGUGAAAGAAGGUCUUCAGAAGGUACUAGUGAACGACCUAUACCUUGUAGCGGACCGGAAUUACGAAAGAUACAACAGUAGCGCAUUGUUGUUCAAAGAUGUUCCUGAAGUUCACUCGACACCUGCUCCACCGGCUCCACAGACCCUCAGAAGGAAGAAGUCGCUGAUUGAUCGCAUAAUGAAAUCUCGGAGAAAUAAUAGAAAGGAGAAGGAUUUGACGACGACGACGAUCAUGACAAGAAAGCCGACGAAUUCCAUGACGACGCCGAAAAGAUCUGAAUUCAAAUUUGCCGAAUGUUUUGUUGCAAUCUGUGACGGGGAGUUGCGGAUUUUCGAGUUUGACAAAAACCCAGAUAAGGUGAACAGUUACAGUGGACAUGGAAGGGGAGAGUGGACCGAUUGGGCGCAAUGCUUAGCGAGCGUCUCGUUGGCAGGCUGCUAUGCAGAAGUGAUUGGGAAAAGCAGGCGUAGGUCUAGCCGGGAGGAGAAGGAGAAGCUGACCGAGAGGUUUGGCGACCGGGUGUACUGGAAACUCGAGUUGCCGUACUCUAUGAUGGAGCUGGUGAACGACCAGUUGCGAGAAAGCGAGCUUCCCGUAGUGGGCCCCGGCCAGAAGGUAGGCAUGAGGAGGAACAGCAGCAGGAGAGAACGGGAGCAGCGCAGUGAGCGGCGGGAGAAGUUCGAGAAGAUGAUCUUCAGUGCCUACAGCGAGGAGACGGCGACGGAGUUUGUCAAAACGUGCAACUACUGGGCCGGAAUGCAGAGCAGGGUGCCAAGUGUGAAGACGCAGUUUUUCGACGAGAUGAAGCUGACGUCGUUCGAAUAUGGGUUCUCCGAGGAAAUCGUGGCGAUCAUCACCCGCCUAGCCGGUACCGUUCCGCCCGACGGUACUCCUGCAACUUCUCCUACUAUUUCUGCUGCUGAACGCAAAGAGCUUGUCAACAGGCUGCGGCCGUUGCUGCUCUCCGAGAAGGGCAUCGCAGAUUGGCGGCCGAUCGUGCGCUCGUGUGUGGCCGUGGCCGAGCCCGUCUCUGCCGAAUCCCAGGCCCAGGGGAUCGCCUGCUACAUGGACGAGUUAAGCAGUGCCUUCUGCCACGAACGCCGGUUGCUGCAGCUUGUCCGGACCGUGUACAACAAGGUUCUCCUCCACCACGAGAGCCGGCCGCUGCUCGAGGCCGUCUUGACCGUGUACGAGAACCACAGGACGGCGUGUCUUGCGCUGCUGCGCGAGCGGAGACGGUGGCGGGUGCAGCGGUGUGUGCUUCUGGAGACGGCGGCGGGUGGCAAAGAGCAGGUGUAGGGCACGAUAUAGCUAGCUAUGUAGAGGGGUCUAGCCCACUAAUAGAGAUACAGACGACUCCAAACCAUAGCGAUUGGCAGGAUAGAUUUGACAGAAGCAACGGC